AUGGCCGAGGACAAGAAGAAGGCAGAGAAGGAGAAGGCGAAGAAGAAGAAGAAGCGGCAGCAGGAGAUUGAGCGCAUUGCCUACCCGUGGGACGACCACGGCUUUCCCAGCCUCGAGCAGAGGAUCAGCGCCCCAAAUAUAGCCGAGGCGCAGAUGGACCCGAAGCAGCUGGCGAGCAUGCGAGCGGCCCAGCAGAAGAAGGUGAAGGCGGCAAUGGGCACGGACCCGGCGGAACUGAAACGGAGGUGGACUAUCCAGGUUUCCAUCGCUGGGAUAGAGAACAACACAAACGACGACUGGGAAGCCUUCUGCGCAUUCUCCCAGGCCGAUGGGAGGGAAGACCGCUCCAAGAAGAACAGGUUGCACAACAGGUUCAAAUUCACGAAGUCCUACGCGGUCCCGGCAGGAUCCACGCGGCGGUUCAAGAAGCUCGAACAGGUUGAGAACAAGAAAUGGGACGGCAGCUACAUAGGCCUCAAGCGGCAGGAAAUCAUCAUCGAUUUGUGGCUGAGUUCAGCUACAAAUUUCAAUCAGCUUUUGGGUACCGCACGUAAGACGCUGUACGAUAUAGCCAACGAUGAAGUGGUUCAGAACUUCUUCGUCAAGCCGACUGACUCAGCUGCUGCUUACAACAUCGGGAGAAUUCAAGUCGACGCAGUCGUUUCGGAGGUAUUCCAAUUCACUAUCAUGGCCAGUAAUUGGCAGUUCCUGCCCAGGCCAGAAUUUGCUCGGUUGGCCAUGAACACAACUGCCGAGAAGAAAAUACGCAUCGCGAUGCCAACUGGGCCAGAUGAGCCGUCCGAUACGUUCGAAACAUCGACAAUUAAAGGGCCAGUCUAUUGUUGGCAGAAGGCCGGCCAGUUUGUUUACGAGGGCACCAAGGUUGGCCUUGGCAUGGAGGCGAUGACCAUAUCCCUCUACAGUGGCGGCUCGCUGCAGGGAAAGGCCGUCGUCAGUCUGGGGGUUGUCGGCGUUUACCCGAUUGCAAUAGGCGUCGUCAAGGCUGUGUCGCCAAAUGCAGAAAAUUUUGUGCAGGGCAAGGUUGGAGGAAGCUUGUCCAUGAUGACGAAGUCGCUAUUGCUGGAUGACAACGUUCACGACGAGGAUCCGAGUAUCCCCCGCCCGCAUCAGCCAGACACGUCUUUAGUCGUCUACCACUUGAGCCCGAAGAUGCAGUAUCUCAUUGUCGACGUUUUUGCAUGCGACGGGUUGCCAGUUGCCGACCCCGAUUAUGGAUCCUCCAACGCUUUUGUCCGGGUCAAAUUUGACAACAUGGUUCAGCAAUCGGCCGUGGUGUACGCGUCGUUGUCGCCGACGUGGAACCAUCGAUUCUACAUGCCCGUCCGCGUCACGGACGAGCAUGCUCAGGACAAAUCCUCAGUACUACCAGCAGCUGCUCCCUCGCGAGAUGGAGUCCAAGGGCUACCUGGAGAUCCAGAUAUGGCACUUCGACGCCGUGCCCACGGAGUUCUUGGGCGAGUUCAAGCUCGACCUGAACAAGACCCGCUACGGCAAGUCGGCCAAGAGAGCGGCGUGCGAGACGGCGACCAAGCUGACUGUUCAGGACGAGCAGGGCGGGCACCAGGACGACGACAUCGUGGUUGGAGUGGACCCUGGGCUCAGCAAGAAACACAAUACCCUCGUGUACGAGGGCAGGCGCGAGAAGCUGACCGGGUCGCCACUGCAGUCGCUGCAGCGAGCCUCCGUGAGUUUCGACACCUUCUUCAUCCCCGAUUUCCCACCGGAUUUCAAGUACCUGGAGCAGCCAGCUCCGCCCGCAGAGGAUCCCUUCCAGGAGUGCUACGACAAGUGGGACAGCGCUUGGGCUAA